UAUCGGAAGCUUUCGUGCCAGAGCAGGUGCCUUAUCCAUUUUUAUUUACCUUUGGAAUGACAUUUUACUUUCAAACUUUACCAUAGUUUCCACAGUUGCGAUACAGAAAUGAAACUAAAUGAUUCUGAAAGCUUACAGCAUCUGAAGGACAUCCAAUAUUAAUAUACUAUGGUUUUACAGAAAAUCUGGCUACUUUUCAGAUGGAAGAGGGUUUUGUUAUUCCUUUAAAGUUGCUGAGAAUGAGGGCGUUGAUCUUCUCUCUGGUUUUACUGGCAUCUAUGGGGGCCUUUCAUUGUGUCCCUGAUACCGCCCUGCCGCCAAUAUCAGCCAACACUCUUAAACGCCUGUCUCUGGAAGGGGAGAAGCUGGUGGAUCAGGAGGUCAGCAAGGCACUGUUUGGGAUCAAACAAAUGAAGGAGGUGAUGGCCAGGAAUGAAGAGAAACACGCAAACCUCAUGAAGUCCCUCAGGCACAGCGGGGAGAAGAAAAAGGGGGCAGCAGAGAUCGCACAGGAUAUAGAAAAGAAGCUGAACGAAGCCGAACAGCAGUGUAAGGAGUCUCUAAAGUCUUCCUGGGAGGAAUGUCGACCUUGUCUUGAGGACACCUGUAAGAACUUCUAUACAAACACCUGCCGCCGUGGAUUUGCCACCUUCACCAAUAAACUACAGAACUUUUUUCAAAGGCUGAGCUCCCGCUUUGGCCCUCGUGACACUCAGGAUGAGGUAGUGCUGAACCAGAGCGUGGAAAAUCCUGACCUGGAGGUGGUGAGGAUCGAGGACUCCUUCAGCAACCUGCUCACCAAAGUGGGAAACCUGGUCAAUCGCAGUGUCGUGUUAGUCUCCCAUUUCCACCAUGAGAUGGACCAGGCCCUACGCAGAGCUUUCAGCCCCGGGCUUCAGGAAGAUAAAGAGAGCGAGCUGGCACUCAAGCCUGCCAACAAAGCUCUAGAUUCUGCCUUUCUGGAGGGUGUGGGCCUGGAUGAUGUGGUGGAGUCCUUCUUUGAUUUUGGCAGAAGUGUGUUGGAGGAGUUUGGGGCCGUAGUCACACAAGCCUUCAGUGGCAUUCAUGAUGCUAUGGAGAAGACUGAGGAGGAAAAAGAGAAGAAAUUCUUCCCUCAGUAUCUGCAGAACAAGAGACUGUGCAGAGAUCUGCGUAGACAGUCCUCAGAGUGCUGGCAACUGCAAAGCAAGUGUGAGGCCUGCCAGGGAACCUUGUUUAACGAAUGCCCAAAUGUAAGAGAACUGCACAUCGAGUUGGAUGAAGCCUCUCAGCUGUUGGAGGCAUCCAGGCAGCAGUAUGAGGAGGUGCUGGGCAUCGUACAGCGUCAUACUGAUGACACCAUCAGUUGGCUCAGCAACAUGGCCUCUGACUUUAGCUGGGUGACUGAACUGGCCAGUAACAACAGCACUCCUGAGAGCAUCUUCAGCAUUGCCACGGUGGUGGCACAGACUGAGGAGGGCGUGAACACCCCAGCAGCAGACACUACAGUGGAAGUGAAUAUUCUCAACUCCCCCACUCUCACCCUGACCGUUCCUGCGGGUCUCAGGCUGCAAGAUCCUGCCUUCAUCCAGUAUGUGGCACAGGAGGCUCUGGGCACGUACAAGCAGAUGGCCAGGCAUGAUGAUGUAUAAUCUACAAGUCAUCAGUUUUCAUCCCAGCACUAACCAGUGUACACUGGUACCAUCCUAUGUCCUAUGUAUUUACUUAUAUUUUAUGCAUUGUGUUAAGUUUAAAAAUCAAGUUACUGUAAGUACUGUCAUGUAUUUAUGAUCUUAUUGUGUGACAGGUUCCAGUUAGCUGCAAUUGAAUCUUGUCUUGUGUUAAUCGACUUAAACAUCAGUAUGUCAGAAAUGUACUUGAGGUAUAAUUAAAAUAUAUAUCACCGUGUGAUUGUAAACACAUAUCUGACUCACUCCUUUAAAAUUAUUUACAUUUAUUGCAUAACCAUUUCCUCGUUUAUUACAUCAGUAGGCCUUCACUGUGGGAAAACGAAACACUAUAAAGCAUUAUAAAUGUUUAAUGUAAUUCUUAAGCCUGCUUCUAACUCAGAGUAAAAAAAAAACAUUGUGAUUAAAAGUCAAUAAAAAUAAAGCCACAUUUUGAGACAUACACUCAUAAUAUAAGAUUCAAAUUCAGUUUAUGUACUAUGAAGUUGCUUUUUAUACUCUCAGGUGGAAAAGGGAUUCCUUGUUUCUGUUCAGCCCCAGUCCAAAUGCUAUCUUAUGGAAGCCUGUUUCCUC